UGUCCCACUUCUUCAAGUUCGGGUAGAAACAGCGGCCUCUGCCGGACGAGUAAGGCAUCGUCACCACCGGAGGGUAAAAAUAAGCUGCAGUGCAUGAAUAAUAGCAGCAGUGCGCCUUUAAAGCGGCGUUGCUUCACGCAUGCGCAAAGAGGCGCAGGUGACCGCGCAUGGCACCUCCAGUGUUUGCUCCAGCUCCGCCGCCUGGCUGGCUGACGACGCCGAGCGGCGCGUCAGUGUGCGCGGCCACCACCACUGCAGUGCUCCGGGGGCGAGGAGGAGUCGAGCGAGACCACUGAAGACUGAUGGACGGCCCGCAGAGACGCUGCUUCCGGCGGUGGCUCCUCGGACUGCUGUGAAGACGACCCCGGUCGUCAUUUUGAUUGAUUUCCUCCAUCCUUGACAUCCUUCCUCGCAUCCUUGCUUCCUGAUGCUGAUGCAGCCGAGGAUGCUGACGAUGCUCUAAGGAGGCAGCUGACGUGAUUCGAUGGUGGUGGGAUUCGAACGCAUCGACACCGGGUCAAAGUCAAGAGAUACAGUUUUGUGUGACACUCCACCAUUGACAGGAUGAUCGAGGAAGGCAGCAAACGAGGAAAGGCCACGGUGGAGAAGAGGCAGCUCUUCAUGGAGAUGAGAGCUCAAAACUUCGACGUCAUCAGACUGUCCACCUACAGGACGGCUUGCAAACUACGCUUCGUGCAGAAGCGAUGCAACCUUCACCUGGUGGACGUGUGGAACAUGAUCGAGGCCUUUCGAGACAACGGACUCAACACGCUGGACCACGGCGCCGAGAUCAACGUGUCUCGCCUGGAGACCAUCUUGUCCUCCAUCUACUACCAGCUCAACAAGCGCCUGCCCACCACGCACCAGAUCAACGUGGAGCAGUCCAUCGGCCUGCUGCUCAACUUCAUGGUGGCCACCUACGACAGUGAAAGCCACGGCAAGCUGACGGUGUUCUCCAUGAAGGCUAUGCUAUCAACAAUGUGUGGAGGCAAAAUAGUAGACAAGCUGCGCUAUAUUUUCUCACAGAUCUCCGAUUCCAGUGGCGUGAUGGUGUUUGCCAAGUUCGACCAGUUCCUCCGUGAGGUACUCAAACUCCCCACCGCCGUUUUUGAAGGUCCUUCUUUUGGCUACACCGAGCACUCGUUGAGGACCUGCUUCCCUCAGCAGAAGAAGAUCGUGCUGAACACGUUUUUGGACGUGUUGAUGGCGGACCCUCCACCCCAAUGCCUGGUUUGGCUGCCGCUCAUGCAUCGAUUGGCUAACGUUGAAAAUGUCUUCCAUCCGGUGGAAUGUUCGUAUUGCCGGAGCGAGAGCAUGAUGGGUUUCCGCUACCGUUGCCAACAGUGCCACGGCUACCAGCUGUGCCAGAGCUGCUUCUGGCGGGGCCACGCCAACGGCCCCCACAGCAACCAGCACCAGAUGAAGGAGCACUCGUCCUGGAAAUCUCCGGCCAAAAAGCUGAGCCACGCCAUCAGUAAAUCUCUGGGCUGCGUCCCCAUCGGAGAGCCCCCGCAUCCCGUAUUCCCCGAGCAGGCGGAGAGACCGCAAGAGCCCCCUCACACCGUCGUCCUGGAGAGUCCCAGCCGGCUGGACGAGGAGCACCGCCUCAUCGCCCGCUACGCCGCACGCCUGGCGGCCGAGGCGGGGAACUCCACGCAACAAUGCCCUCCGUCGGACUUGAGUUUCAACUUUGAUGCCAACAAGCAGCAGAGGCAGUUGAUCGCAGAGCUGGAGAACAAAAACAGGGAGAUCCUGCAGGAGAUCCAGAGGCUGCGUCUGGAGCACGAGCAGGCAUCCCAACCCACGCCGGAGAAGGCCCAGCAGAACCCCACGCUGCUAACGGAGCUGCGGCUACUCAGACACAGAAAAGACGAGCUGGAGCGACGCAUGUCGGCCCUGCAGGAGAGCCGACGGGAGCUGAUGGUGCAGCUGGAAGGACUCAUGAGGCUGCUGAAGGAUGAGGAACAGAAGCAGGCGUCCCAGUCUGGAGGGUCCCCCCACUCGUCCCCCAGCCACGGGGCGGGCUGCUCCAUGCCCAUGCCUAUACGCUCCACCUCAGCUGGCUCCACCCCCACCCACACGCCACAGGACUGCUUGGCGGGUGUGGGAGGCGACGUGCUGGAGGCCUUCGCUCAGGGUGUACCUCGGAACCUGCGUAACGACCUCCUGGUUGCCGCCGACUCCAUCACCAACACCAUGUCUUCACUGGUGAAGGAGCUCCACUCAGUGGACGACGGGGCAGACGAGGAAGAGACCAACAUGAGAAACGGAGGGGAGAGAGGCACAAUGCGAGUACACAAGCAAUGAGCAGAGAAGAGAACUCCAUCCCUGCAGGUCCGCAGGUCAUCCAUCCACCAGGAGCAAUCAACAACAACGACGACCACGACGACGACCCCCACCAGGCGUUAGCACGUAGAUAAUGCAUGCCGUCAUCUGAGCUAAACAGGAAACAACGUAGGGGGAGGUGUCUCAUUAGCCAGUGUGUUAAACCUGCUGUAAUAAUAUCACCCGCUCAAGAUGGCCGCCGUCCAACUGCUUUUUAACCGUUAGCUUUUCCAAGCUAAUGUUUUUUUUUUCGGAGUUCUGCCCACGAAUUCAUGGUCCCACACGUCAACAUAGCCUAAUGUUCUACUUGCAUGUUAACCCCCCCCCCCCCCCC